AUGAAUACGCAAAUGUGUAAAGAGUUCCAGGAAGUAAGGAACUCGAUUUCCGAUGAAUCGGAAUAUAAAGGAAUCCAUGAAUUUGGUGAUUAUCACUUUUUAAAUAAGUAUUGUGAUAGUAAUCAAUGUCAUAGCGAUUACGAUAGAAUAAGUGCUGGAUGUUUAUAUUUGUUGGAUCAAUUAUAUAAGGAUUCUGGUGUGAUACCCUCUCCAAAAAAUAGUAACCCCUAUAUUGUUGAUUACAUUUUGAUAUGGUUAAGUUAUAUGUUAAACCUGAUAAACAGUAAAGAAGACAAUAUAACGGGUUUUUAUAGUGCACAUAUAAAUAGCUGUGAUAAGUAUAAGACGGAAAUAAGCGAAUUAAAGAAUCAUGAUCAUGAUUAUGGUAAUUAUAAUUAUAAGGGUCUUAUAGAUAAAAGAAAGGAAUUUUUGUAUAUGGAUAGUAAUAUUGUACCUAAAUUUUAUGAAGCAUUUAAAUUAUUAUGUAAUUUGUAUAAUGAACUUGAUUAUAGCAAUAAAAAUUGCGAGAAAUAUUUGGAAGAUAAUAAUGAUUUUUUUAAAAAAUAUCAAGAAUUUGAGCAAGAUACUAGUAUUACUGAUAGAAGUCCAUAUAAAGAAAUGUUGUUCACUUUAUCAACUGAUUAUAAUGAUUUUAAAAAGGAAUGUAACGGUAUUUUAUCCUCUCUAUCGGAAAAAACAAAAGAAAAACAUGGACAAAUUUCUGCACAAUAUGUAGAAAGUUUUGGACAAGAUGCAGAUAGUUCUGGACAAGAUGUAGAUAGCUCUGGACAAGGUGUAGAUAAUUAUGAUGUUGCAUCAUCAAGUUCAUCGAUAGUAAGCAAAUUAAUUCCAGUUUUAUUGAUAUUUGGUGCAAUACCAAUUUUUUUGGGAAUUUCUUAUAAGUAUUCGUUAUUUGGAUUUCGGAAACGAUCUCCAAAACAACAUUUAAGAGAAAAGCUAAAAAAAUAA